AUGCCUCCAAGCCAAUAUCAUAAGCCGGAAACUGCAUUGACUAAAGCGAGAGAACUUAUAAAAUGUGACAAAAAAUCUAACGCUUUGGAAAUUCUGUACGAAGUGAUGCGAGUUAGACGAACUAAACAAUGGCAAAAGGUCUUGGAAGAAUUAAUGAUGCUGUUUGUUGAACUUUGUGUGGAACUCCGUAAGAACAUCCACUUCAGAAAAGCAAUUUAUACCUACAAAAAUAUGAGCGUUAUGGAAAACACUAUUUCACUCGAACAAGUUAUUCGUUAUUACCUGAACCAGAUAAAGGGUAAAACUGAAGAAGCUCAAGAAGUGUCAAAAAGUGCUAUUAUGGAAAUUGAGGAUUUGGAUGUCCUGGAAACUCCAGAAAGUCUCAUGUUAAAUGCAGUUAGUAUGGAGGGUACUCAAGACCGAUCUGCUAGAACAAUUCUGAUGCCAUGGUUAAAAUUUCUCUGGGAUUCCUAUCGUUUGGUGCUAGAUUUGUUACGUAGCAAUUCAAAGUUAGAAAAGCUGUAUCAUGAAGUAGCUCAUGAUGCUUAUAACUUCUGUUUGAAGUAUGGUCGGAAGACGGAAUUCAAAAAGCUAUGUGAACUGAUUCGACAACAUACUCAGAAAGUCCAGAAUCAGUUACAACCUAAUGCACUUAAUGCUAUAAAUUUGAAUAAUGCCGAAACACAGACAUUACACUUAGAGACUAGAUUACGACAGUUGGAUUGUGCCAUGGAACUAGAUAUGUAUAACGAAGCUUUUAAAACUGUUGAAGAUAUUUGGAGUUUUAUGAUGAUUUCACGAAUACAUGCUAUGCCUUCAUUAAUGACCAAUUACUACUCAAAAACAGCGGAACUUUUUCGACGAUGCGGUUGCCAUUUAUAUCACGCUGCUGCUUUACACAAACUUUACACGUUAUAUCGUGAUCAGAAAAAGAAUUUAACUCGUGAAGAACUAUCUGAUCUUGGAUCUCGUGUACUUUGUGCAACUGUUGCCAUUCCUUUGCCAAAUGCGAAACUUAAUGCUGACAAAUUCUUAUCUGGCGAAUACACUAUUAUAAAGCAGAAAACACUUGCUGGACUUUUGGGUCUCAUUCAAGUACCAACUCGUCAGAGUUUAAUACGUGAUCUGGUUCGUCACAAAGUGCACACUGUUGUCCCGUCAAAUUUAGCAAAGUUGUACCAAGUUCUAGAAGCGGACUUUCAACCUUUGAAACUGUGGGAACUUGUUCAACCAGCACUUGCCCAUAUAACCACGUGUUCAGAUCUCCAAGUGUACAUUACGCAACUACACGAUGUUAUUGUAGCAAAAACACUUCUACAAUUAUCUCAAGUCUAUCAAAGCUUGAAUUUCGACGAAUUCGUCAAACUAUGUCCAUUCAUGGAGCCUAUUCGACUUGAAAGAAUUGUAAUUGAGUUAAUUCAUAAUUUGGAACUGCCUAUUCGAGUCAAUCAUUUACAACAAGCAAUUUUCUUUGAUAAAUUUACAGAUCUGGGAAUAAGUCAAUGUGAAUAUGGUGGACAGUUAGUAUCACAGUCAACCCAUGUAAAUGACCCAGACAAAUUGUCUCGUCAACUAACAAUGUUUGCUCAAGUGAUGCAACAGAUAACUGAUAUACUGGAAGUUGGCCAGUCUUUAGCUAAUUGUCGACGUGCACUUGUUCAUGAUUACCGGAAAAAUGAAAAAGUUUUACGCAGUGAAUUGCUUAAUCGACGUUGUUUAAUUGAAGCCCGAAAGGAAGAGAUUGAAACGUAUCAGGGUAAACGAGAUCAGUAUUACAGUAUUGUUGAAGCAAGACGUCAAGCCGAACAAGAACGUCUAUUGAAAGCGGAAGAAACUAAUUUAGCCAAUGAAGCUAUACAACGUGAACGAAUAAAAACUGAAGAUGAAAGAGCUCGUUUAAAAUUACGAAUGGCACGUACUAGUUUAAAAAUGUUGUUAGAAUUAAAAAUUGAUACAAAACUUGAUUUAAAAGAGUUAACAGAAGAACAACUUGAAAAUUUUGAUGCAGAUAAACUUAUUAAUAAACAAAAACAAGAGGUGAAGAAAAAGCGAAAAGAACUAGCGGAGAAAGCUAAAACAAUGGCGAAAAAAUUGGACUAUUAUACACGUGCUUGUCGUAUUGAAGAAAUCCCAUUGUUACAGGCAAAUAUUGAGCCAGAAGCUAUUGAAUCUCGUGAAUUAUUUGAGCAGAGUGUCAGAGAAAUUGAAGAGCAUUCGAAAGCCGAGCAUGCACGACAAUUAAAAGAACGUAAUCGAUUGAUUCGAAUGAAAUCUGAUGUCCAGCGUCUUGUUAGUCAAUUAAAAGAAGCUCGUGAUAAUCGCUAUAGAGCUAAAUUGGCAGAAUGGGAGGCUCUGUGUGAUCAAAAACGAUCGGAAAGAUUGGCCGAAAGAAGAGCUAGACAUGAGGCUGAAUUAGAAGCUGAGGCACGUCGUCGAGCUGCACAAGAAGCAAUUGAACGUGAAGAACAGAAACAACGUGAACUAGCUGCAGAAGCUGAACGUCAGAAACGAGAACAAGAAGCUAAAGAAGCGGCAGAACGUGAGGCUGCUCGAAUUGAGGAAGAGUCCAAGUCAUGGACACGUGGAGAUAUUAAAAGAGAUGAACCUGUAUCAGUUAAUCCUUUUGCUCGACAUCGUCAAUCUGAAAAUACUUCUGGUAAUGCAUUUCGUGACUUUCGACGUGAUGACACAUCGAGAUACUCAGAUUUUGGUCGAUUAUCGGGAAGUAAACGAGUUGGUUUCGAUAAUACACCAACUCUCCGUAGUGAUCCUUCCAAAGAUACUUGGAGUCGAAGUGGACCACGAAGAACUGUUCCUUCUGAAUUUGAUUCGCUUCUAUAUGAAGAUGACUCUGGUAACGCUGGUGGUUGGACUCAGGUUGGAUCACGUAGAGAAAAUGAACGAACAAGACCAUUUGGUAGAGGUGGUAGUACAAUGGGUGGUGGAUUCAAUAGAGGAGGAUCUAAAAAUAUGGAUAUGGACAGUGGUAGCUCAACACCAUGGCGUAGAGAAGGUCCGAAUGCCACAACGGGCAAAUCACAAGUUUUUGAGGAAAUGAGAGGUGGUAAUGUGAAACGACCUUUUGGUAGCUCAGGAUUCCCUUCACGACUUUCUAGUGGAUUCUCUGAUGAUAGAAAGUAUUAA